CUCGAGCUCAAGACUGGGCGAUGACGAAGUGCUUUCCUUCAAUGGCGACUGUCACGUUCACCGAAUUAACGACAGGAAAAGUAAAUUUUACGCAAUGUUUUCUCCGUUAGUUAGGUACCUUUUCAUGGGCAUUUUCAGUUCAUGACUAAAAUAGUGACUUCUACGAUAUUUUAACUUUCAUUUAGUACCAUGAAUGUAACAAAAUAUAAAUGAAAACUGUACAUUUAUAUCCUUCUUGUGAACGGUUUUGACGAUCUGUGCAUUGAUUGUCAUUUACAAAUCACGUUGUUUCAUCAUCAUCAUCAAUCCAAAAUGGCGAGUUCGCAACCACCACACGCCCAUGGCCAGGCAAUGAAAAUGCCCGGCGCUGCCCCACCGCAGAAUUUCGCCAGCGGUAUGGGACCGCCAUCUUCAAGGCCUCCAAUGCAGCAGCCAGGACCACCACCUCCAGGGGGUUACAACCCUAACUAUCAACCGGGAAUGAACCCACCCAUGGGGUACAACCAAGGCCCUCCCCCCACUGCCAACGGUGCUCACCCAGGCAAACCAUCUGGCUAUGGAGGGCCAACCGGCAAUAACCCUAGGACCCAGGAUGGUUACCCAACUGGUCCCCCGCCUCCCCAAAUGGGUGGGGCCUACGGUCAGAGACCACCAGGUUCCUCAACAAUGCCAAACUCUAACCAAGCUGGCCCCCAUCCUAUGUCAAGGGGAGCACCCCCGAGUGACUUCUCCACCCACCCAGCAUUGAACAGUCCAUAUUCCAAACCAGGGGGACCCCCUCCUAUGCAUGGCAUGGGCAACCCACCCUCGUCACUCCCUCUUCAAAACCAGUACUCUGGCAGCCAGCAAGUGAACUCAUUCCCCAGACAAUCAGGUCCCCCUACAAGGACCAACGUCGCUGGUCCUCCACAAGGAUCUGCAUCUGGGAUGCCCCUCCCUGGACCCUCGCCUAGUGGCCCUGGAACCUACGGCCGACAGCCACUUCAAGGAGCAACUCCCGGUUCAAUGGAUUCUCCUUCAACUCCUGAUAUGCCAGGGAUAGACAGAAAUUUAAAUUCCUCAGGAGAGGGCCUGCAGGUACCCAAGUACCCCUCCAUGAUUCGGUCGCCCUCUACGGGAUCGCUGGGCUCGUUACCGAUGCCCAAAUUCAACCUGCAGUCCUCCUCCCCGACUGCGGACCUGGCCAACUAUUCACCGGGGGAUUCAGGUCCGCCCUCCGCAAGGUCCUCUGCGGCACCCUCACCUGUUCCCUCUCAGAGAUAUGAUGCCCUGGAAGGAGGGACACCCUAUUCUCCCAAUUAUCAUCAAGGUCCUCCAACACCUGGAGGGUCGCAGCUGCCCGUUUCUCCCUUGGCUAAUCCUCAAAGGGUCGGAACGCCAUCUGGGGGGCAUCCCUUAGCUGGGCCACCCAUGGGUGGGCCCCCAAUGGGUGGACCCCCAAUGGGUGGACCCCCAAUAGGUGGACCCCCAAUGGGUGGGCCCCAAAUGGGUGGGCCCCAAACUAGUGGUACCCGAAAUAGUGGUCCACCCAUGGGAGGUACCCAAGUGGGUGGGCCCCCAAUGGGUGGUACCCCAAUGGGUGGUACCCCAAGGAGUGGUACUCCAACUAGUGGUCCCCCAACUAGUGGUGCCCAAAUGGGCGCACCCCCUAUGGGCGCUCCUCCAAUGGGCGCACCUCCAAUGGGCGCACCUCCAACUAGUGCUCCCCCAAUGAGUGGACCUCCCAUGGGUGGGCAACCAGCAACAGGACCCCCUGUUUCUUCGGGUAUCAGCGGCAGGCGUCAGUAUCCACAACAGGGCUACAUGAGCCAGCCCCAGCCGGGCCAGUACCAGCAGCCGCCCGCCCCUGCCGUUCAAGGUGGUAUGGCCAAAAUGGGCCAGCCCCAACAGGGGAUGGGCAAAUCCAUGCCGCAAAUGGGGGGAAUGCCACAGCCCAACGGGGGUCAAGCGCGGAUGGCCGUGAACAACGUCAUGCAGCAACCGGGAGGGCAGCCCAGCAUGAACAGCCUCAACGCCUCCAUGAACAACCUACGGGUGCAGCAGGCCGAGACCAGACCCAUCAACCUGCUGCAGGAGAGGCACAUCGUGGAACCCAUGCCGGUGGAGCCGCCGAAGUCCAGAUUGAACCCUGAAUACAGCAAGCUGCAGGUUGACCCAGACAUCUUCCGUUGUACGCUGAACGCUCUUCCUCAGACCCAGACCUUGCUGCAGAAGUCUCGUCUGCCGUUGGGACUCAUCAUACAUCCAUUCAGGGAUCUCUCGCAUUUGCCUGUGAUCCAGUCGAGUGUCAUCGUAAGGUGCCGCUCAUGCCGCACCUACAUCAACCCCUUUGUAACGAUCAUCGAGCAACGGCGUUGGAAGUGCAACCUCUGCUAUAGGAUAAACGAAUUACCUGAAGAGUUCACGUAUGACCCUGUCACCAAGAGUUACGGUUCUCCAGAGAGAAGGCCAGAAGUCAAGUCCGCUACUAUUGAGUUCAUUGCACCCUCAGAGUACAUGUUGAGGCCGCCGCAGCCGGCCGUCUACCUCUUCGUCAUCGAUGUCUCCUUCAGCGCUGUGGAGUCUGGCUAUCUCUCCAUCGCCUGCCAGCAUCUCCUAGACUGCCUGGACCGCAUGCCUGGCGACGCCAGGACCCUGAUUGGCUUCAUCACGUUUGACAGCACCUUGCACUUCUACAACCUGCAAGAAGGGAUGACAAGGCCACAGAUGCUGGUGGUAUCCGACAUUGACGACAUAUUUCUUCCUUGCCCCAAUGAUUUGCUGGUCAACGUUCACGAAAACAAAGAGUUGAUACAAGAGCUGCUGAACCAGAUCCCAUCCAUGUUCUCCGGCAACAAGAACACACAGACGGCCCUGGGACCUGCACUGCAGGCAGCACUCAAACUCAUGAGCCCAACUGGAGGGCGUGUGACUGUUUUCCAGUCCGGUCUACCUUCCCUGGGCCAGGGAGCUCUCAAGUCCAGGGAGGAUCCAAACCAAAGAGCGUCAUCCAAAAGUGUUGCAAAUCUUGGACCGGCGGUUGACUUCUACAAGAAGCUGUCCUUGGAUUUCUCAGCCCAGCAGAUAGCGUGUGACAUCUUCCUCUUCAGCAGCCAGUACACGGACGUGGCUACCCUUGCGGGUGUGGCUAAAUAUUCAGGCGGCAGCGUCUACUAUUACCCAGGAUUCCACAGCACUCAGAAUCUGGUGGAAGUGGAGCGGUUUAGUAACGACCUCCGUCGGUACCUCACCAGGAAGAUUGGGUUUGAAGCAGUCAUGAGAGUACGCUGCACCAAAGGCCUGAGUAUUCACACAUUCCACGGCAACUUCUUUGUGCGGUCGACAGACCUGCUGUCCUUACCCAACAUCAACCCAGACGCUGGCUUUGCCAUGCAGGUCAGCAUAGAGGAGAGCCUACAUGACUCCCCAGUGGCUUCGCUACAAGCAGCACUGCUCUACACCAGCAGCAAAGGAGAAAGGCGGAUCCGUGUCCACACCAUGUGCCUGCCAGUGACCAAUCAGCUGACGGAGAUCAUGGCAGGGGCGGAUCAACAGGGCAUCGUGGCAUUACUCACAAGAAUGGCUGUAGACAAGUCGCUCACCUCCACAAUGUCUGACGCUCGUGAUGCGCUAGUCAACGUGAGUGUAGACUCCUUAUCAUGUUACAAAGGCACGUUACCUAGCGGGCAGACGGUCGGUACGUUGAUGUGUCCCAAGUCACUACGCAUGCUGCCGCUCUACACACUAGCUGCUCUGAAAAAUAAUGCCUUUCGUCUGGGAACCAGCACCAGGCUAGAUGAGAGAGUGUACUCUAUGGAGAUGUUUAAGUGCCAGCCUCUGCAGUACAUCAUUCUCAAGUUGCACCCCAACCUGUACCCUGUGCACAACAUGUCAGAUGAGGGUGCCAUCCUUGUCAACGACCAGUCCAUCCCCCAGCCUCCCCUGAUAGGCCUAUCCUCGGAGUACAUCAAUCGCAACGGCGCCUAUCUGAUGGACUGCGGCGACGCCAUGUAUCUGUUUGUCAAUCGGGAGGUCUCCAUUGCCUUCUGUUUGGAGAUUCUAGACACGCCCAACUUUCGGUCGAUUCCCGAGGGCAUGACGGAGUUGCCGGAACUAGCAAACCCUGCCUCAGAACGACUGCGGACAUUCAUCAUGUGGUUACUAGACAAGCGAGCCUUUGCUGCACCCCUACAAAUCAUAAGAGAGGACAGUAAAAAGCGAGUGCUCUUCUUGAGAAAUCUGGUGCAGGACCGGACGGAAUCAUCGAUGUCGUACUUUGAGUUCCUUCAGCAUCUCCAGAAAGAGAUCAAGUAGAGAAAGCAAAACAAAACAGAGGACUUUGAGUAAGCACUUUUCCAUCCGCAGGUCUCCCUUUAACUGCCUUGUGAUUUGCAUUUGUUAUCUAUUAAUGUUCUUGAGUGUCUCCAGAUGACCUCGGAUAAAAGGGGGGGAGGAAGUAUGUAAUCACAAGGGUUUCAUUGACGUUUCCCUCUCGGCAGUAACAGUUAAGCCUGCGGUGCCCAACAUGAUGUUACGGGAAAGAUCUGUCGGCACUCUUGUUACUUCCCAUGGUGAUUAAGAAGUCUGACCAAGUGUUAAGACUUCACUUAUCUAAGGAUAUUGAGAUGAGCAAGUGUGAUGACCCUGCAGGGGGUGAUGAUAUAGAAGGGGUGGGGGUUGGGGUACGUAUGGGGUUAGGGGAGGGGUAAAAAGACAAAGUCUUCAGGACCUUUCAUGCUACACGCUUGCAGUCCUUAAUCAAACCCUUUAGAUGUUGACCCUGUUCACACACGAGAAACAUUUCAAAAAUAUCCACUCAAGCCUGGUAUGUGUUUAUAUUCUGUUCCUUUUUCCUGCAUUUAAAAAACAAGGAGGGCGUUUGUGACACGUUCCUAUCCAGUUGUCUUUGCACUUGAAAUCAUUACAACAUGAGCCGAUCUAGGCAUCUGUAUCCUGAAAAUAUAUCAAGUGCCAGUAUGCCCGUACCUCAGAAUAUUACUAUUAUUUUUUUCGAACAAAAGUUCUUUGGAGCAUGCAAAAUUGGUCAAAGUAGAGCUAAGGUCAAAACAUACAUUUAGUCCAGAAAAGAUUUCAACUGUUAAUUUUCUGACAACUUCUAAUGACAGAAGCUCAGAAAUCAGUCCAUGCACAUAAAAAUAUCCUAAAAGAAUUUAAAAACGUGGAUUUAAAGAUUUGAGUUGGAAGAAUGGAUCUCUCUUUCAAUCAGUCGCCUUGAACCCGUUCUACAUUUUAUUGCCUGUUAGAUAUUAUUGCAUGUUACGAUACUAGUGUCCUUACAACAUUUACUGAGGAGGAAAUUGGAUUAAAAGCCCCCACAUGCCCCUAGUACCCUUUUGGCACUUAUUCAAAACCGUAAAUAUCCCAUUUUUUACAUUUUGGUAAAAAGCCUUAUCCAUUUCAUUGGGCAUUUUGACUGCUUUAGGAUUUUCACAUAAAAUGGCAAAAGGAAAACUUACACCAAGAAACUUCCCCAGAAACCUGUUCCUGCCAUUUAGUUUUCUUUAAUUACGUUUAAAUUUAUGUUUGUUUUCUCAAAGAUAUUUCUUCCGGUCCCCAUUUCCCUGCUACAGAUUGAUAUCCUUACAGAUAAAACGGUGGAUUUUUUUUACUUGAAGUUCACUUGGCUCGCAUUGCACCCAUACUUUGACUUUAAACUUGGUAUGUUUAAUAACAUGUACAGUGUGUAAUAUUCAAACAGCUGCCACCACGACUUUGCAAACAUAAUAUUAAACCUGAGCAUCGUAAUGGUUCAGCUGUCAAAUUGUUUUGUGGGAAUUUAAAUGUCCUCUUGCUUUCGUGUUUACAAUGAUAUUUUCUAAUUUGGCGAACAUGUUAUUAAUCUUUAUUUCCUUCUUUUUCAACUCAAUGUUAACUUUUCUGAUGAUGUACAUGUGCAAUUUGUCCUGAAUUGUUCAAGUUUGUGUGCAGUUCUUGCACCAAUUAAGAAUGAUUUAAAAUGUGUGAUUGGACCCCCAUCACUAAAAUAAUGCGUAGCAACAGGGACUUUUAAAGAAUGGUGGAUACAGUGCGAAAAAUAUAUAAAAUGGGGAUGCACUUUAUAAGUUCAGUGGGAAUAGAAAAGAAAUUAAUUUCACUAUCAUUUUUGGUGCCAGGUUUGAAAACUAAAAUUAACUGUGGUCAGUAAAAUUAAAGAUUUCCUUAUGAAAAACUCAGAAUACGUGUGUAUCAAUCAACCGUUAUAAAGCUCAAGCAGAUUAUUUAUUAAGCAUAAACUCUAAAGCACUGUAUUUACGAUAUUAGUUUGACACAAAUAACGCGGUAAAAUGAAACACAUUAAUAAAUGAGUUUAAAAGUUGCUUAUUUUGUACUCUCAACGUACGCGGACUGAAACUCUUCGCCUAAGGUCCGUAGUUUGCUGAACGCAGUUUUACCGCAAUCUUUAGAACGCCGUGGUUCAGUGUGAAGUCAGAAUUUGAAGCAGCAUAUAUUCGUGGUCAUUUUAGCAGGUCUUCUUUUUUUUUCAUGACCCAGGCAGCUUUUUGGUUGAUUGAGAUAACUUUAGCAUGAUAUUGUUUUAAUGUGUAUUACCUAUCAUUGUCAAUUUAAAAGAGUUCACUGAAUAAAAUAAAAUUGAUAUAUGAAAAAUGUAAAA